CUCUCGUGGAGUCAGCUAGCGCGAGGUUGGGGGAGUGCUUAGCCGAGCGUCGUGCCCUGCGCUGCCCAGACUGGCGAACAAUACAGAGUUCACCAUGGCUAAAGGUGACCCCAAGAAACCGAAGGGCAAGAUGUCUGCUUACGCCUUCUUUGUGCAGACUUGCCGGGAAGAGCAUAAGAAGAAGAAUCCAGAGGUUCCUGUUAACUUUGCAGAGUUUUCUAAAAAGUGUUCUGAGAGGUGGAAGACUAUGUCGGGGAAAGAGAAAUUCAAGUUUGAUGAGAUGGCAAAAGCUGAUAAGGUACGAUAUGAUAGAGAAAUGAAAGACUAUGGACCAGCAAAAGGUGGCAAAAAGAAGAAGGAUCCUAAUGCACGUAAACGGCCACCGUCUGGCUUCUUCCUGUUCUGUUCAGAAUUUCGUCCCAAGAUCAAGUCUACAAACCCUGGCAUAUCCAUUGGGGAUGUGGCAAAGAAGCUUGGUGAAAUGUGGAACAAUCUGAGUGACAAUGAGAAGCAACCUUAUAAUAAUAAGGCAGCCAAACUGAAGGAGAAAUACGAGAAGGAUGUCGCAGAUUAUAAGUCGAAAGGGAAGUUCGAUGGGGCAAAGGGGGCGGCUAAAGCUGCCCGGAAAAAGGUAGAGGAGGAAGACGAGGAGGACGAGGAAGACGAGGAGGAGGAGGAGGAUGAAGAAGAUGACGAAUGAAACUGUACCAUAUUCUGUCUCCAUGUGAAUACCAUAGAGUAGGGGAAACACCUUUAAAUGAAACACCUCUCCUUUGUGAUGGUGUCGAUUGCCCUCAUUAGGCUUAAUUGGCUUCUGAUCACAUAACUUCUCAAAAGUGCUUCUAGAUAGACAUUGUAACUGGUUUACAUGAAGUGGCCAUGGGUAUCUCGGAGCACCCAGAAACUGUAUCAAAGUUGUACAUAAUUCCAAACAUUUUUAAAAACGAAGAGGCGUUCUCGUGUUCUCCUCACUCUGUGCACUUUUGUCGUUGGUAUAAAACAAAAGCAUUUACAAAUGUUUUCAGGCAUUAUUUUAAUUUGUAAGGUGGUGUUUAACUAUAUGGUUAUUGGCUAGAAAAUUCUGGGUUAUAAACUGUACAUAUCUAUAGUUUGUAAAAACAACAAAAAACCCCACACCCCUAGACAGAUUCUUGGGGUACAGGCUUGAAGGGGGCAUGAGGCUCAUCUGCCUUUCCUAGGGGGCUGCGACCCAAAGCCUACACCAUGAGGGUAGAUUGCAGAUACACUGCAGUGGGUGUCCAUUUAGCUUAAAAGUUGUCUUUCUGUAUAUAUAGUAAAAUAGCACCCAGCUCCCAUUCUUAGGUGUCACAAGAGGGGGGUGGGGGUCAGCUGGCAUGAGAAAAGUGUCUGGAUUUUCGGUUUUCUUUUAGUUGAAGUGCAGUAGUUUUAAAUCGAAAUUGUAGAGCUCUGCCUUGUAUCAGUCAAACAGAAAGCCAGGGCAGUGGUGCAAGGGAAAAAAAAAAACAAAAAAGUCUGUUCUUAAACACAAUUUGGAACCUUUUGGGGUUUUUUUUUGUAUGUUUAGAAUGCUGAAAUGUCUUUUGAAGCAAAAUAAACAGUAUUACACUUU